UGUUGAGCUCCACCCAUGUGUGUCUCUUAGAUAAGCUGUAUCGGCUCUGAAUUCAGCAAGGACUAAACUUCAGACACAUAUGCACACUUUGGAAGCCAGCACAAUGUAUUAGCAGCUUUUCAGCUAGCAAAGCACAUUUGGUCCUAAACUACAGACUGGAUACAUUAUUUUCUUCAGAUGGCCCCCAGAUAUGCCCCACGGAUCCGUGUACGCAUAGUUGCACUUCUUUUAUUUCUGGAAACAUUGAUUAUAUGUUUGUUUGCUGUUUUUGGUUCUUAUGGUGAGUCCAGGGAUGACAUUUUGAAAAAGAAAAUCAACACUUAUCCUGAAUUUCAGGAUGUACAUGUUAUCCUAUUCCUUGGCUUUGGAUUUACUGUGGCCUUCUUAAGGCAGUAUGGAUUCAGUAGCAUGGGCUUCUGCUUUCUGAUUGCUGCAUUUGGAGUUCAGUGGUCAUUACUGAUGGAUGGAUUUCUUCUACACCUGAAUGGCCUGAGAUUUCCCAUAGACUUACAAAGUUUAGUAAUGGCGAACCUGAGUGCAGUGUCAGCGCUGAUCUCAAUGGGGGCUGUGCUUGGCAAGGUAAAUCCUGUACAGCUUAUACUGAUGACAUUGCUGGAAGUUACCGCAUUCUCUGCCAAUCGAUGGGCACUUUGGAAACUGCUAGAGAUUAAGCCAGUCCACAGUACCAUGUAUGUUCACAUGUUUGGUGCUUAUUUUGGUGUCAUGGUUUCUUGGUGUCUCUACAAUGCUGGUCUGAAAUACUUUCAAGAGAAAGAAGAGUCCAAAUGGAGAUCAGGCUUAUUAUCAAUGUUUGGUACUCUAUUUCUGUGGAUGUUUUGGCCCAGCUUUAAUGCCAUUCUAAUUCAGGAUCAUGAGGAUAAACAGAUAGCAAUGGAGAAUACUUACUGUGCUCUAGCUGUUAGCACAGUUGUUGCAUUUGCAUUUUCUGUCCUCUGCAACAAAAAUGGGAAACUGGAAAUGGUCUACAUUCGCAAUGCAACAUUGGCAGGUGGUAUUGCAUUAAGUUCUUCAGCUGAUCUGAUAAACGUCCCCUGGAUAGCCAUGACUGUUGGCUUUCUAGCAGCUCUAAUUGCAACCUUUGGGUACAGAUCUGUAAAGCCAUUCCUUCAGUCAAUGCUUCAGAUCCAUGACACCUGCGGUGUGCUUUGUCUUUUUGGAUUGCCAGGACUGAUAGGAGCGUUCACCCGCAUCACUCUGAUUACAAUGGAUAAUCUAACUCAGCUACACACAUUGUCUGAGAGUAUCAUAAGAGAAUUUGCCAGCCUCUGUAUGACUGUGGCCACAAGCCUUAUUGCAGGGUUACUAACAGGGUUCAUUCUAAAGUGCAGAGUGUGGAAAGCACCCCAGCUGUGGAAGUACUUUGACGACCAAGCAUAUUGGGAGUUUCCACAUCUCAUUUAUAAACUUUGAAAGCCAAAUACCUGAUUGAAUGAUUCUGGGAAAAAGACUUCUCUUCCGAUGAACUUACAGCAGUUAGUAUGCAGUUUGGGAACAGAAAGAAAAAAAACAGAAUACAACAAGCUAUAAUUUCAUGAUAAUCUCAGCAUAGCCAAUCAAAAAAUACAACAGAACAGUAUACCUUCCAUUUUGUAAAUGAUUUUAUUUUAUAUGAACAAUACAGGAACCAAUCGGGUACAUGGUUACUGCAGUUGUAAGGCAGACUGGUCAUUUAAGAAAUAGCAUUGUUUUUGUUUUGAAUGUUUUAUACAGUUUUUUCACCCUAUGUUUUAUAUUUUGUGAAUUUUCUAUUUUUUUUUCUUUAAAAUUAGUUGUAGUUUUAUAGCCAAUGGCAUAGCCUGUAAAUAAUAAUACAACUAAACAUUUCUUAUCGGAUCAUUUUAUACAUUUAUUUAUUAAUGUUGGACUCAUACUGUGAAAUUUACUGCAAAACCACUUGAUGGUUUGGAAGUUUGAAACCACAAUGAUGUCUAGCACGAUCAUGGUAGAGACUCAAUAUGUAAAAAGAAAUUUAAGAAUCUGAACCUCUUAUUUUAAUUCCCUGACUACACCAAAUUAAAAAAAAAAAUAAGAUGUUGCAUUGCAUUUUGGAGAACUAUAGUAUUUAACAACAUUCUCAUUUCAUUCACUGCUAUUUGAACAAUCCGGGUUUUCAUGGGAAACUUGAUUCUUAAACUUGUUUUUUUUAACCUCUCUGCUUUUUGACCAUCAUCCCCUCAUGAUCCAUGUAGUCUAUUUGUUUCUCACAAGGCAAGAUCCGUCACUGGCCAGUUUGUUAACCUGUAUGGCGCCAUCAUCCAGAGAGACAGCAGGGUCCCUCCCUGGCCUCAGGUGGUUCUAACAUCCCUCAGCAGUUUCCAAGGGAUUCUAACACUGCUAGGCUUUUGGGGAGGAGCACAUGCGUUUCCCCACAUGACUGCCUCCUAGCGUAUACAGCUACACAGCAGCAGCACAUCCUUCUGACCCAGACUUCAUGGGCUGCACCAGCCAGCACUAGCGAUAGGUGUCAGGCCAGCCAAGAGAUGAGCUAAGCCACCCCCUUCCUCCCAUGACAGAUGAGUUAUAUACUGCUCCCUGCCAUCCUGCUGUCCUGCUGCCUGAUAAUCAAACACAGGUUGACUGGGUAACAGUUAGAGCUUUAUCCCUCUGUGCCACAGGAAUGGGGAUCUUCACUUCUUUCUUAUCGGAUUCAGUCAAAAAGAUGAUUAUUCUAGAAAAUGAAUGCUGGGUAUGUAUGGAAAAGUCUAUUAGAAUGACCCUUACAAGUAGUAAACUUAAUAUGGGCAUAUUCAUGCAGAAUAAACCACAUCAUGCCUACUUUAAAAAGUGAGGUAUCCAAAACAUAUAACUAUGUAGGUGCAAAUGCAAAAGUAUUGAGAAAAUGCCAUAAAAUAUUCCACUGACUCCGCAGCAAUUAGUUACUAUGGAAGCUCUUUUGUGGUAAUAAAACAAAACUGAACAGUAUUCUGUCUAUCCAAGCAUACGCAAAUGGGAAUAUCAUGUAGAUAUUUAAAAAAUAACAUUUUAUACAAAGUAAACUAAUUUCAAAAAAGAGAUAAACCAUAGUGUAUGUUAGAGAACAAACAAUGACUUCACUGAAUAUGUUUAAUCAGCUGUGAAAAAGAAAUCAGUCACAUUCAACUGGAAUAUUUCUGCAUCCAAAAAGGUAUUUCUUGAUUAUAUACUGUUGUAAAACUGUACCUCUGUGACACUUUUUUUUCUGCCAUGGGUAUACUACUGAGAUGUAUUAUAAUGAUUUGUGUUUGUCUAUAUAUAUUUAAAAAGUGUUACUGUAUUCUUGUAGCUCUUUGAAGUUUAUGCAAAUAAAUAGUGUUUUGAACUACAGUGAAA